UUAUCCUUUAUCACUGACUUUUCAUUCAGUCAGACAGCGGGAAAUAGAAAAUAAUUGUUUUUAUUAUUAUCUAUAAACCUGAAAGUUAUUCUGAUUUUUUUUAUAUUUCUUUAUAAUGCCGAAUAAAGAACAAAUCAUAAUUAAUUAAAAUGUCCAAAAGAUUUAAUUUCCCACAGCAGCAUGGAGAACGAAAGAAAGCUAAACUCGAUAUAACAAUAUCUGAUCAUAAUUUUCCAUUGAGUCAAAACUCGCCUAUUAAAAAAGAUAACAAUCAGGAGUCGUGGGGCGAUGAUAACGAUGAUGAAAUCUUACUCCUGGCGAGCCAAGCUUGCGAGCAGGUAUACAGUAAUGACACCAGUUCUUUGCCUGACUAUUCUAUGUGUAUGCAACCAAAAUCUACUAGCACUCAAAACUGUGAUCAGCUUCCUAGUACAUCUAAAUCUGCAUUUAAAUUUAAGACACCUAGUGCUUGUAUACAUAAUGCUGUGUCCACUCAUCUCAGAAACAAAUGCAACACCAUAUCUUCCCCAUUACCUGGUAUAUCUUCAAAAAUUACAUCAAAAGUCAAUGAGUAUGAGAACUCGUCCGAAGACAUAUUUGAUUACAAAGUAUAUAAAGGACAAGAUUCUGAUCAUCUUUAUCGCCAACUAUUUCAAUUACAAGAAGAAAAUGCAAAGUUAAAGUCAGAGAAUGGCAAAUUGCUGGAAAAGUGUGUAACGAAAGAAGGUGAAGCCUCUAUCUUGCGUACUCAGUUAAAAACCUGUCAGAUAGCUGUAGAUAAUGCUAGAUUGGAGAAGGUAAAGGCACAGGAGAAAAUUCAAGCUGACUGGACUGAGAAGUUAUCAUCAGCUAAUGUUCAGAUACAUGAUUUACGAACAGAACUAGAUUUCAAGAAUUUAGAAAUAAUAAGCAUAAAGGAAAAAUGUAAAAAACUGGAGAAUAAUAAAGUGAGACUUACACAAGUGACUGUUGGUAACAAUGACAUCUUCACAAGUCAUAAAAACAAUAACAACACAACCUUAAUGAAUGAUACAUUCUCACAACAGAUGAAAAGAGCUAAAAUGAUAUCAAACAGUGUACAAACUGACAACAAAGCCCACUUCCUGAAGCUCUACAAAAGUUGUAAAAAAGAAAUAUCAAGGUUAAACGAUAUCCUACCUUUAAUCUUAGAAACAUCUAUGGAACAACAAUUCAACAUAUUAGACUACAAUGAAAAACUACAAAGGCAAACAGAUUUCUCUCAGAACAAAUGCAGGAUUUUCAGCACAUUCCAUAGACUACCGUCUACACCUAUUUCAGGAAGAGUAAUUAACAAAAAUAAAGUAUCUAUGUCGAGUAUUUAUGAAGACCUGACAUGCAUAGCUACAGAUAAUAUGGAAAAUUUUACAGAAAAAUACUUUAAUAUAUUCAAAACAGUUAAAGUAGUACUGUCAGAAAUCGAGACCGAACUAGCGACAAUUUCACGAAGAAUGACAACCGCUUUUCAAAAGGAAAUGGACGAGAAAUACAUCGAGUCUACGUCAUCGUACCUCUGUGUUGAAUAUAAAGAUUUAUUACAGGCAAGAAACCUGUAUAAAGAAGAACAAGGUGUAUUAGCUAGAAGAAUGACUGCAACUUUAGUUUCUAUAUUACAAUCGCCUAAGGGUGCAGAUAUAUUAAGAAGUUUCGAACAAAAUAAUGGAAACGAGAAACAAUUUAUUGACAUCAUCAGCAGGAUAUGUAACCUGCUUGAUGGUACAUCGUGUGCUGUUUUGUACAGUGGAUUAUUACUAUCAAUAACAAUGUUCAUAGAGAACUCAAAAUGUGAUAAUAAAAUAUUGGAUAUAUUAAAAAGUAUAAUAGCAUCCCGGCCGAUGCCUUUCGUCGCUUGUCAGAUUUUGGCAGUGCUGAGGAAUGUGGUGCAUAUAGGGAACUUCCCGCACGCUUACUGCCCAGGAGGCAGUGGUGGUAACCUGAGGUUGGAUUACGACCAAGGGGUGUUACUGUAUAAAAAAGAUUCAUGCUACUUACAAGUACUUUUAAAACAGAUUGAAGCGUGCCUGAAAUGUAUGGAGAAACAAAACUUAAUACAACAAACUGUAAGGACGACACAGUACCUUGUUGGUAUUUAUAGCAGUUUAAAUGGUCAAAACAUUGUCGAAGUACCUGAAAAAUCUAGAUGUGAUUGCCAGCUAGUCCUGUUGCAAGUCCUCGUAUACGGAUUACGUAUAUGCGCUGUGAUGUUGAAGGAUAAUGAAUCGAAUGUAUCGAACACCGUGAACCAAGAACUUACAGCAGUGUGCCGCUGUGGGCUGCAGGUGUUGUACCAGUGUACGCUGCGAGAUGUGGAGUUCGCCUCACAAUUGUCAUACAACGAGGGACAUCUCAUUGAUUUCUGCGAGAUAUUGAAGGAAUACGACCACAGCGAAAUACAUGGAAACAUGUUGUCAGAGUUAGCUGGUAUGUUCCAGUCGUCUCCUGAAGACAUGCCCUCGUCGUUCCACAGACAAGCGUGGCUGAACAGUUUCAAAAACUUCUCACUGGCCGACUGAACUGUUUAUUUUGUAAAUAAUGUACAUACUCUAGUUUAGGAUAAGCUUAUUCUGCUGUGAUAUUGUCCUUUUAAAGGAUAAACCUCGGCAUUAUGUCUGUUAAAAUGGAACAUAAAAUAAAUAAUAAGUACUGCUGGAUAUAUGAAAUAGCGCCAUCUAGUUCGAAAUUAAGCAUCAUCGUCACAUCAUGGGGGGAGGGACGGUGGGGGCCGCGGGAAUACCCCUUUACCCCGCCUUCCGAGGGCAACUACCCUAGGGUGACUGGGUUUAAGCGCUCUCCUUUCGGUGAGGCGUGGUCAUCUUUCAAAUCUUCAUUGGCUUGUGGCAUUAGUCACAAUAGACUAUCUAACCUGCUUUUAUCUUCAUCUUUCAUCUAUCAUUGGUGCCCCACCAGCACAUAUCUACAGCGCAGGCGGGGUUACAAUUCCAUUAUCAUCCGUAAAAAAUCUUCAUUGGCUGGUAAUGCUCUUGUUCUUUUUAUGAUAUUAGUACAUUACUGCAGUGGCCAGCAAAUGAGGCAUUGAUGGACGAACGUGCAAAUGUGAGUGAGGCGUAGCCGAGGAACACAUACGUGAGUCCAUCAAUGCCUAGUUGUGGCCAAGGCUUGUAUAGUACUUUUCUCAAACAAUGCGCGGAAAUCAAAAACACAAUUUUACUUUUUAAGUUCAAUGACGAAUAACGAACAAUAAUAAUUUUACACGCGCCAUAAUGUUCCUUUGUUUUUUCAAUAAAUAGCUUUCUAGUAGCAAACCAGUUCGAAAUUUAAAAAAAAAACUUUUUAUUAGUUACCAAGGAGGUAGCCGUGUUUCGAAGUAAAAGUUCAUUCCAUUUUUAAAUUACAGGACAGAUAUGAGUUUACAUAGUAAUUUAUCUGGCCGCAAAACACGACAGAUAUGGAUUUUCAUACAACUUUUGCCGGCCGCUGCCCGCAUGUAUCUGGCCAGUACGGCAAAUUUGAUUUAUCUCUAAGAAGAUUGUCAAAAUAAUGCUCCCAUUUCCAAGCAUGUUUGAGAAAUAAUAAAUAACUACAUAAGCACAGACAAUACAAUACUAUACUAGUAUUGUAUAUUGUGCCUCAUUUAAUCUAGUAUCUAUAGGACUAGACAGCGCUGCAAAUAUGUCCAAUGGUGUUUAUUGUAAUCGUGACAAAAUAUGGGACCAACACUUGCAUCAAAAGCGGGUAAAACAAUGUAAUGUUUAUAGAGAAAUCAGACAAGAACAUAUUAAAUACAUAUUAUUAGUAUUCUAUGAGAUAUAUAUAUAUAUAUAUAUAUAUUUUUUAUACAACUUAGAGUGGCAAACAAGCUGACGGCCCACCUGAUGCAAAGUGGUAACCGUCGCCUAUAGACAUGAGCAGUACCAUGGACAUAACAUAUAGUUUUUAAAACUUUAUCCUUUUUAAUCUUUCGUCAUUUAAGAAAGACAUGCAUCUUGCGAAGAUUAUCAGGAAAUACGUAACAUUUAUGAUUCUAUUCCGGAUAUUUUUAAUUAAUCCUUUGUGUGAUAUUGCACUAAAAUUCGUAUGAAAAUGUGGUCCUUUAAAUACAGGCCUAUACUUUAGUCCCUUACCAAAAAACAAGAAAUGAAAUUGAGUUUUUUUUUCUAUUAUUCUAUGCAAUUAUUAACAUGUAUAUAUAGUGUACAUGUACAAAAUGUAAUAAAAUAUAUCAUCAUAUCUAUAGAUGUAGUAGUUACGUAUCCAGUGCUGAAUAUAGAAAUUUCUUUAUUGAAAGGGUUUGCCAGUAGUUGCUAACGCUUGCCAGUCGGAUUGGCAACCGCAGUUAAGCUUUGAUAAUGUUUUAAUACAGAAUAAUAUAUGUAAAUAUAUAUUUAUAUAGUUUUAACUCUAAUUAAUAAUUAAAUAUAAUUAGAAAUCGAUUAAUUUUGUACCUUCCAUUCGCA